AUGUUUUAUAAUUUUCUGACAACAAAGACACUGAAGUAUCUGCUUGAGCCACCUGUUUAUGCUGAAGUAACCAGCCCUCGGGGAGGAAAUGCCACUUUGCCAUGUAUACUGCGAUUCAAACCAAGCCAUUACAAGGUGAAGUGGACAAAACUGGAACCUCUUCUUCGUGGAAGCGAGAACAUUGUCAUGAUCACAAACGGUUAUGCCCACAAACCCUAUGGCCUGCUUGGGCCACGGGCCUCGCUUCGUAAUGCUCAUGCCAUGGAUGCCUCACUACAACUCAGCAACCUGGAACUAGAAGACGAUGGUAGAUAUCGCUGUGAGCUGAUCAACGGUAUUGAUGAUGAGAGCGUCAUCAUUACAUUGAGGAUAGAAGGGAUGGUGUUUCCAUAUCAGAGCAAAAAUGGCCGCUACAAAUUCACCUACCAGGAAGCUAAGGAGGCCUGUGCUGAACAGGAUGGCACAUUGGCCACAUUCAAGCAACUAUACAGAGCAUGGACAGAGGGUCUCGAUUGGUGCAACGCGGGAUGGCUCAUCGAUGGGACAGUCCACUACCCCAUCCUGCACCCACGACCAGAAUGUGGGGGGGAGCUGCUGCCUGGCAUUCGCAGCUAUGGCCCCCGGGACAGGAUCCGGGACCACUUUGAUGCCUUCUGUUUCACCUCUAGAACCACAGGCUUUGUGUUCUUCGUUGGAGGGCCACUCACAUUUGUGGAGGCAGUGCAGGCGUGUAGGGGUGAGGGAGCAGAGUUAGCUCUGGUUGGCCAGCUCUAUUCGGCCUGGCGUUUCCUGAGCUAUGACCGCUGUGAUGGAGGUUGGUUGAAGGACGGCAGUGUGCGCUUCCCUAUCACCACCCCUAGAGAGCGCUGUGGCGGUAUUCCCGGGGCUGGUGUGCGCACCUUUGGGUACCCCAACAAGACCCUGCGUCUCUAUGGUGCCUUCUGCUACAGGUAGCUUCCAUGAGACCCAUAGCAUGUGGAGCCUACUACCACUGACUUCAUAGAUCCAAGACGCAGAACCUUUGUGAAGAAUACCAGUGACCCCUACAGGUUUUAGCACGCAGGGCUUGCAGAUACAGGUAGUCAAAAGGCUGGGAACUGGUUCCUCAACAUCGCCAAAAGAUACAAGUAGCUCUGUGCUUUUCUGCAAUACUACAAUAUGUUAUUACAGGAGACCUCAAAGGCUUAAUGCCUUUUUCCAUGGGACACAUCAACAAAAGCCUGCCACUCUUAUGAGCUUUACUGCUACAGGUAACAACUAAUGUACAUAGCUUCCUGCAUUUGUGUAACAUUAGUUUUGUGAUCUUUGUUAUCCAAGAAGCACUAUUCUAAUGUAACAGGAUAGUUAUUACACAAUGACAAGUUCAUAAAUGCUGUUAUCUUCUUAGAUGAUGUAAGGGAGUGUGUGAUUAGCAGAAUGGGAGAAAGUACACGCAUUGAGCAUAACUGUAAUACAAUAAAAGAUCUUGAAAGUGUA